AUUUGAGUCCAGUGAGAUGAGAUGGACAGCGGGAAAUGUGUCGUAAAGAUUGGCUAUUUGUAUGUACAUUUUCGCUACGUUUUUUUGUUAAUGUUGAGGUUGUUCAUUUACAGAUCAGGGGUUUUGUGGAAGUGUUUUGAAAAGGUCUGGAACACACCCAUUCACCUUGGCGCUGAAGUACAUCCGGUUACCCCCUCGUUGUCGCCAUUUUGAUACGCACAAGCGAGCUAUCAGAAGGAACGAAGAGACGACAGAAAGGUGAGCUGCACGUUUCUAUCAUUUACUGUUGUUAGUUAGCAGACUGGCACACAUUUUUUGGCAAAUCAAUAAUGUAAUGAUUUAACAUUUUAUCCAAGUGCCAAGCUAGUGUUGCAGCUAACCUAGCAGAAAGCUAACGACUUUCAGCUGGCUAGAAACGUUAGCUAGCUAACGUGUACAUACCCACGCCUUAUCGAUUGGGAUUUAUUUAAUAUAAAACGGUAGCUAACUAGUUUUUCUUAUAUCAAGUGAAAUUAACUGAUUACGUUGCCGAACCUAUACUGACUAUCUGGCUAAUAUUAACUGGCACGACCAACGGCUGCUAAACUUGGCGAAAGUGCACUUCAGUAACGUAUUGUUAGCGCUUGGCUAGUUAGCUAGCUAGCAUGCGCUGGUCUGGGCCUUGUCCGUUAGCUAGCUACGUGUUUGGGGCUAACGUUACUGUUUAUAGUCGAAUAACUCAUGUCCCAAACGUCUUUUUGUGUUUUGUUCCAGAGUAUAAUCAUGAGUGAAUGUCGUGUGUUUAUCGGUCGUUUGAGCCCCCACGCUCGCGAGAGGGACGUGGAGAAAUUCUUCAAGGGAUAUGGACGGAUCCGAGAAGUAAAUUUGAAGAACGGAUUCGGCUUUGUGGUAAGUCUGCCUUACCCAUUGGCAUUGUUAGGGGCAGGGAUGGACAUUUUAGUUAACCCAUAACUAUUACUUUUCAGAUCGGGCUAGUAGAAAAUGUUCCCAACUAACUUAACUUAGCCCGCCGACUAGUGAAAUGUUGUAUUUUAUCUAAUAUUGCAUGGAUUUCGGACCCUGGCUAGUCAAAAAUGGAAGUCUACCAGCUCGGCUGACCAGUGCCCCAAAUCCCUGGGGUGGUCAGACUUUGUCGUUGUCAGUGAACGUUUGGGUUGUUAUGCCGCGUUCAAAACAACUGGGAACUCGGAAAAAUAGUAUAAAAGUAAUCCUCCUACCCCCUCCCCUCCAAAAAAAUUAUAGUAGAAAAAAUAGAAUACAAAUAAAUAAUAAUAAUGUUUUUUUUAAACAGACAAAAAAAUAUAUAUAUAUAUAAAUAAAUAAAACGAAAAUGUGUCGGAGCAUUAGAAAGAGGCCAGAGUUGGAUGACCUUUCAAAUCGAUUUUCCCACUCAGAGCUCGGUUUUUUUAGAGUAACCAGUUGUUUAGAACCCGACCAUAAUUAGCUAACCCCCUCCCCCUUUGUCUUUCACCAGGAGUUUGAGGACCACAGAGAUGCGGAUGAUGCAGUAUACGAGCUGAAUGGCAAGGAACUCUGUAGUGAAAGGUAAAGAUUUGGAUGCAUUCUUCAAUGUCUCAAGAAAGAUCAAUGGUGAAAUGUGUUUUUGCAUGUAAUAAUAAUAAUAAUAAUUGGUCAUUUAGCAGACGCUCUUAUCCAGAGCGACUUACAGGAGCAAUUAGGGUUAAGUGCCUUGCUCAAGGCCACAUCGACAGAUUUUUCACCUAGUCUGCUCGGGGAUUAGAACCAGCGACCUUUCGGUUACUGGCACAACGCUCUUAACCACUAAGCUACCUGCCGCCCAUAUAUGUACUCCAUAUACUAUCAUUUCUAAUACUAUAGUAGUGGUAUUGUUGAUAUUUACACAGAACUGCUACACCUUUUUCUCUGACUUGGGCCUAGCUGCAUUCAGUGUGUGUGAAUUAAUUUUCUCUUAUCAGUAAUUUCUGUAGCCUCAGUAUUAACUGUUUUGUCCGUAUAGGGUGACUAUAGAGCAUGCCCGAUCCAGAAGAGGGAGGGGUGGUGGACCAGGGAUGGGUGGUGGUGGCGGCGGCGGUGGAGGAGGAGGAGGAGGAGGACGCUUCUCACCUCGUUUCAGCAGCUACCGCCAGGGGUCUGGUGGUCACAGUGGUGGCUCCAGGUAUAGACUAAUCAGACCUAAUUUCAACCUCUCACUAAACUUCCCCCAAAAACUCCUGGUUGGAGACCUGAGUUUCCUGCUUACUGCUUCCAUAUAUAUGAUUUCUGGAAAACCUGACAAUUUUAGGAGUUUUGAAGUUUACUUGCAGUGAAUGGAGUUUAGUCAAUGUGAUUUAGAGUUUAGUGUUCAACAUGUAAAUGUUUUUUGUUUGUUUGUAAUUUUCAGAGUGUGAUUGGUAACUAUAAAAACAUUAUCUCUUCCAUUUUACAACUUUGCUCUCUUCCACCCGUGCAGUAGGUAUGGUCCCCCUGUACGAACGGAACACAGACUCAUCGUGGAGAACCUGUCGUCAAGGAUCAGUUGGCAGGUGAGGGGUUACACCCAUCUGGUUCAAUGUGAUACAAGACAAUUAGCCUUUACUUGCUCUGGUACUGCCAAUUCUUUUAGCCUAUGUGAAGCAGCAUUUUUAUUGAAACGUGCACAUUUUUCAUUUAUUAACAAAACAUAGCUAUAUGCUAAAUAGUCCAUUAGGUGAAUAGAACGGCAAGGCCCACUUUCGAUGUUGUGAAUUCAGAAUUGUUUAUUUCUUGACUUCGUUUUACUGUAUCUUUCAAGAAUAAGCACUUCUUAGACGAAAAGGUAAAUCUAACCAAGCACAUCUUAACCUUUUAAUUUUUAUUUUAUGAGCUUAUUCUUAACUGGUUAUUCAUUUUUUAUAAAGGAGUUGCAUGCACUGCCUCCCUGGAGGUGACUGUGCAUAGCGCCCUCUGCUGGUUGUGUUUUCAAUAGUGUCCAUUUGGUGCCUCUCCUUACACGCAGUUGCCGCUGGUCUAAAUCUUGGCUGGGCCCCGUAGCGGGAGGAAGUGGUCUAGCGCAGGAUAGCCUUAGGAUGGUCCCACGUAGGCCCAGUCUGGAGGUGGUCUGGUCUGGUGGAAACCCCCCCCCGACUGCAGCCAGCCUGUAACCCCCUCAAUCCACUCCACGUUCCCUACACUCUCCCGUUUGGGUCUUUUUCUGUUGCUGAUGGAGCUGGGGGGGUGUUGACAGUUGGGCACACUGCACACCCCUUCCUUCCUUCCCCCCUACUUGCUCUCUGGUGGUCCCUUGUGGAGGCUGGCCGGAGUCCGGGUCUGUCAAGGCUGAGGGGAGGUCGUUUCUCAAGGGCUUAACACUGUGACUGCAUUGGUUCCCAUUGGUCCGCUAUUUGGACAAGUGGCUCUUUGCUAAUGUCUUCCUGGGUAUGGAAUGGUAAGUAACAUAUAACUCAUGUGAUUGGGUUUGUUAAGGGUUGGGAGGAACAGAGUAGAAUCAUAUACCCUAGUCUUACCGGAGAAAUCUUUCUAUAAGUUUAUAAGCCCUUAUGGAAUUAUACUAGGCUACUUAAUAUGUUAAUGAAAGAACCCAUUGAUUAAAGUAGGAGCUUAGGAUAAAAUGAAAAUACAUCGGCACAGAAUUAUAUUAUUUUUAGUUCAACGAUGCCCCCUAAAACCACUAUAGUAGACACAAACCUUGAACAUAUACAAGCCACCACAACACAAGGGAUUUGUCGCGUCUCACCACCUUAAUAUACAUUUUUUAAUCUUUUUUGUUGUUGUUGUUACCAUCAAUCCUAGUUGCCCACAAACCGGAAACAAACACCAUACCAAGGAUCCAAAUAGUGUUAGCACGUUUCUCCUUUGGGUAAGAUAGUUAACCAAGUUGGCCUACCUGUGAAGCUAUUUCAGUGGCUCGUCAACAAAACACGCUAAUCAUUCGGUGUUUUAGCAUUUUCAGACGAGGGCGUUUUUUUAAAGUGAAAGUCAGUAUUACAGGGGUGGAUGGAUGUUGCUGUCGUGAGUUACUUAUUAGUCUUGCCCAGGUUCACAGAACCCUCUCAGCCACAUUAUCCAGUCUGUUAGCCAGUCACCUGACUCGUGUAUGCUUCACCACAGGACCUGAAAGACCUGAUGAGGAAAGUUGGAGAGGUCACCUUUGUGGAUGCCCACAGAACCAACAAGAAUGAAGGGUGAGUUGAGUUGCCUGCCCAGUUGGUCCAGGGGUUUAUUCAUUAGUUGGAUUCCGUUGCAAAACGUUUAAUCUGUUGCACGAUGACCCAUGUUCGUUGUGGACUGAGACGGGGAGAGACUACCUCGGGCUUGUCCGAUAAGAAACCCAAAUGUUCUGUUUUAAUAAUAAAUAAAUAAAUAAAGGUCUGUUGUGCUCUACUGAAAACACAAAUACCUUAGGUUGAACGGUUGUUAGGUUGAACGGUUGUUGUUAUGAAAUGAGCCUGUCAACUGAAUGUGAUUUCACUCUACAGGGUGGUGGAGUUUGCAUCACACAGUGAAAUGAAGAAUGCCAUCGAUAAGCUUGAUGGAACAGACUUGAAUGGACGCAAGUUGAAACUGUCUGAGGAUCGCAAGAGCCGGUUAGUAUCUCUUUUCCGGUUGCAACUUAUAGUUUCACUGAGACUAGACAAACACGGGAACUUGACUGUCAUUUUCCAGCUACAGUUGUAAACCAAUGCUCUCAUAAUAUAUAUAUACAGUGGGGAAAAAAAGUAUUUAGUCAGCCACCAAUUGUGCAAGUUCUCCCACUUAAAAAGAUGAGAGAGGCCUGUAACUUUCAUCAUAGGUACACGUCAACUAUGACAGACAAAUUGAGAGAAAAAAAUCCAGAAAAUCCCAUUGUAGGAUUUUUAAUGAAUUUAUUUGCAAAUUAUGGUGGAAAAUAAGUAUUUGGUCACCUACAAACAAGCAAGAUUUCUGGCUCUCACAGACCUGUAACUUCUUCUUUAAGAGGCUCCUCUGUCCUCCACUCGUUACCUGUAUUAAUGGCACCUGUUUGAACUUGUUAUUAGUAUAAAAGACACCUGUCCACAACCUCAAACAGUCACACUCCAAACUUCACAAUGGCCAAGACCAAAUAGCUGUCAAAGGACACCAAAAACAAAAUUGUAGACCUGCACCAGGCUGGGAAGACUGAAUCUGCAAUAGGUAAGCAGCUUGGUUUUAAGAAAUCAACUGUGGGAGCAAUUAUUAGGAAAUGGAAGACAUACAAGACCACUGAUAAUCUCCCUCGAUCUGGGGCUCCACGCAAGAUCUCACCCCGUGGGGUCAAAAUGAUCACAAGAACAGUGAGCAAAAAUCCCAGAACCACACAGGGGGACCUAGUGAAUGACCUGCAGAGAGCUGGGACCAAAGUAACAAAGCCAACCAUCAGUAACACACUACGCCGCCAGGGACUCAAAUCCUGCAGUGCGAGACGUGUCCCCCUGCUUAAGCCAGUACAUGUCCAGGCCCGUCUGAAGUGCAUUUGGAUGAUCCAGAAGAGGAUUGGGAGAAUGUCAUAUGGUCAGAUGAAACCAAAAUAUAACUUUUUGGUAAAAACUCAACUCGUCAUGUUUGGAGGACAAAGAAUGCUGAGUUGCAUCCAAAGAACACCAUACCUACUGUGAAGCAUGGGGUUGGAAACAUCAUGCUUUGGGGCUGUUUUUCUGCAAAGGGACCAGGACGACUGAUCCGUGUAAAGGAAAGAAUGAAUGGGGCCAUGUAUCGUGAGAUUUUGAGUGAAACCCUCCUUCCAUCAGCAAGGGCAUUGAAGAUGAAACGUGGCUGGGUCUUUCAGCAUGACAAUGAUCCCAAACACACCGCCCGGGCAACGAAGGAGUGGCUUCGUAAGAAGCAUUUCAAAGUCCUGGAGUGGCCUAGCCAGUCUCCAGAUCUCAACCCCAUAGAAAAUCUUUGGAGGGAGUUGAAAGUCUGUGUUGCCCCGCGACAGCCCCAAAACAUCACUGCUCUAGAGGAGAUCUGCAUGGAGGAAUGGGCCAAAAUACCAGCAACAGUGUGUGAAAACCUUGUGAAGACUUACAGAAAACGUUUGACCUGUGUCAUUGCCAACAAAGGGUAUAUAACAAAGUAUUGAGAAACUUUUGUUAUUGACCAAAUACUUAUUUUCCACCAUCAUAUGCCAAUAAAUUCAUUAAAAAUCCUACAAUGUGAUUUUCAGGAUUUUUUUUUCUCAUUUUGUCUGUCAUAGUUGACGUGUACCUAUGAUGAAAAUUACAGGCCUCUCUCAUCUUUUUAAGUGGGAGAACUUGCACAAUUGGUGGCUGACUAAAUACUUUUUUCCCCCACUGUAUAUAUGUAUAUAUAUAUAUAUGUGUAUGUAGGUGUUUUGACAGUAAGGAAAUUAGAUGGAGAUGGGCAUGUGGGUGGAAGUGGGGAUUGACAUGUGUCCAGGGGAGUGUAAACAAUACAUUAAGGCUUUGCACCAACCAAUGCUCUCUUGGUGGUGGGGUUAAACUAAUAACUAUUUUAAUCUCUUCCAACAGCCACAGCAGGAGUCGUUCCCGUGGCUCUCGUAGCUACUCCCGUAGCCGUUCCCGUUCCCCCCGCUCCAAGUCCCCCAGCCGUAGCAGGAGCCGUAACCGCUCCAGGAGCCCCCGAUCUCGCUCGGCCAGCCGUACCCCGGAGAAGAAGCCUUCCUCUGGAGGAGGGGGGGGCAGGGCUGCACAUCGCUCCACCUCGCGCUCCCCGUCCCGUUCCAGAUCCCCUGCCCCUCGCUCCCGUUCCCCUGCCCCCAGUUCUCGCACGCCUCCUCCCGGUUCCCCUGCUCCAGCCCGGAAGCAGUCUCGCUCCCCUUCGGUUGAGAGCCAGCACUGAGCUGCACUGGGUGUGUGUAGUGGUGGCUGGAGGGAGGACCGGCUCAUUGUAAUGGCUGGAAUUAAUGGAACCAUGUUUGAUAGCGUUCCAUUGAUUCCAUUCCAUCUAUUCCAAUUAGCCUGUCUUCUCAUUUUAAAGUGACCACCAGCCUCUAGUGGUGUCGUGGUAUGGGCUGAAGCGUUGUCGUGCUGAGACCGUGGCGGCCUGCUUGCUUGCUAGUGUGGAAUGAAUGAAGAGGCUUGCGUUUGGUGAAGUUCUCCCACAAUCUCUCGUUUAAAAAAAUAAAUAAUCGGCUCUUUGGUCAUUGUGCCAGUAUCUUGGAUGCCCUGUAAUGAUUUUUUUCUCUUUUUGGGAGCCUUUGUUUUAUAGCUUUGAUCGCGCUUCCUCAAUUCAACUUCUAA